GCAGGCCUGUGCGGUGGGAUGUCCCAUGCCAGAAACCCCAGGGUGGGCACCACCUGAGGUCCCUCCAGAGUUGUUCAGUCCUGUUCACGCCCCGUGCCCUCUGCCAGCUGGGCCUUCAGCCCUGGACUGGUACUUCCGCCCCAGAGACUCCUGCCCAGGAGCCGGGCAGACGCCCCCUGGGAGUGCAGCUCGCCUGCACUGUCCUCACACCUGCUUCUGGUUUUGUAGGCACGGCUGUCACACGGUGAUCGCCAGCAGGAGCCUGCCACGAGUGCUGAUGGCCGCCAGGAAGCUGGCUGGGGCCACCGGCCGGCGCUGCCUCCCUCUCUGUAUGGACGUCCGAGCACCCCCAGCUGUGAUGGCUGCCGUGGACGAGGCUCUGAAGGAGUUUGGCAGAAUUGACAUUCUCAUUAACUGUGCGGCUGGGAACUUCCUGUGCCCCGCCGGCGCCUUGUCCUUCAACGCCUUCAAGACCGUGAUGGACAUCGACACCCAGACCCACCCCCUUCCGAGCGAGCCCGCGGGGAGUCAGGAGGACGGCCCCCGCCUCCGAGCCGUGUUCGAUGCCCUGGACGGGGAUGGGGACGGUUUCGUCCGCAUCGAGGACUUCGUCCAGUUUGCCACGGUCUACGGGGCAGAGCAGGUGAAGGACUUAACUAAGUACUUGGAUCCCAGUGGGCUCGGCGUGAUCAGCUUUGAAGACUUCUACCAAGGGAUCACAGCCAUCAGAAACGGAGAUCCCGAUGGCCAGUGCUACGGUGGCGUCGCUUCUGCCCAAGACGAGGAGCCCCUGGCCUGCCCGGAUGAGUUCGAUGACUUCGUUACCUACGAGAAGCUGGCGUGA